AUGUGGUCUCCCUCGAAAAUGGCCAACACAACGCGGGUGCUGGACGGCAAAUUGGGCAUCGUCACCGGCGGAUCGCGGGGCAUUGGCGAGGCCAUUGCGCACAACCUGGCAUCCAAGGGUUGCUCACUGCUCCUGAAUUUCACAUCCGAGUCCUCGCGCGCCCGCACAGAAGAGCUGUGCACGUCGCUGGCCGCGACGCACGGCAUCCGCUGCGAGAGCCUGCAAGCCGACCUCAGCAAGCCCGAAGAAGCCUCCGCCACCAUCGUCGCAGUAGCCAAAGAGAAGUUUGGGUCAGAUGGAAAGCUCCAGAUUGACAUCCUCGUCAACAAUGCCGGCGUGGCGGGCGACCGCAACUUGAACGACGCGGAGCGCGGCCCCAUCGCCCCGGAGCAUUUCAACUGGAUCUACACCGUCAACGUCCUCGCCCCGCUCCUUCUCACGCAGGCCUGCGCCCCCUUCCUCCCCACGGACCGCAGCGGCCGCAUUGUCAAUAUCUCUAGCGUGUCGGCCUCGCUCGGCUUCGUCGGCCAGUCCAUUUAUGGCGGGACCAAGGCUGCCCUCGAGGCGAUGACCCGCACCUGGGCGCGUGAGCUGGCUGACCGUGCCACGGUCAACGCUGUCAACCCGGGUCCUGUCGUUGGUGAUAUGUACUUUGAGACGGGCGAGCAAUUCUGGCGCGAUAUUCAGGGCUUCCAGGAUAACACGCCGAUGAGCAAGCUGGACGAGAGCAGCGAGGAUACCAUGCGCCGGUUGAGCCCUGAGCAGACGCGCCUGAUCAAGGAAAAGAUGGGUAAUCGGAGACCCGCUUUUACUAGUGAGGUGGCCGGUGUGGUUGGCAUGCUGUGCACGCCGGAUGGGCUGUGGUGCACAGGCAGUGUGGUGUGUGCCAACGGCGGCAUGAAGAUGGUUACAUAG